ACAACGGGUAAAUAUUUCGGUUAACGUCACCUGUUUUCGCGUCAUAAAUAUCUGAAUUAAUUUUUCGGCAAAAAAAGCAAAGCGCUUUGAUAUUUUAGGACAAUGGAAGAGCAAAGUGGAACAGACAGUGACAGUUCAGAUUUAAGCUCUGAUGGUCUGAAUCAUAUGCCUAGUAGUAGUGUGAAGAGAAAGUUUUCACCUGUCAAACAACAGGGAGUAUCACAUUCACCUAAAAAACAGAGAGGCACAGAAACCUUACAUGGCAAUAAAAAGUCAAAAAGGAAAGAACCUGGUGAAAAUAAAGACUUGCACAUGCUUCCGGAAUCAUCCAAUGAAGAAAGUGGUUCUUCAUCAGUUGAGGGUGAGGAAGAAAAUUCAGAUUCAGAAUCUGCACCUGCAGAUGAGCAACCAGAGGAUAAGCAACUGGCUGCUAUCAAAAAAGAGCUUUCAGAAAUGCCCCUGGAAGACCUCAUCAAAAUUAAAGAGAAACUAGGACUCAAGGCAUUCAACAAAAUCAUGUUUGGAGACAAGUUUGAGAACAAGAGGAAAGUUUUCAAAAGGGAUAACAAAAACAGACCAAUGGAGAUUUCUGCAAAGAGGAAGGUACCAUUGCUUCGCCAUCAUGAUGUGCCAAAAGAAAAGGUUCGUCGAGACCCUCGGUUUGAUGAUCUGUCAGGGGAGUUUAAGGAUGAGCACUUUCAGCGCAACUUCUCCUUCCUGUCGGAUGUGAAAGCCAGGGAGAAACAGUUGGUUCAAAAGAAGCUGCAAAAAACGACCAAUGAAAAGAAGAAAGAAGACCUCAGCAAGCUAUUAAAUAAAAUGACCCAAAGUGAACAGAAGGAGGAGCGAGAGAAGAAGCAGGCUGACUUAGAAAAGUCCUGGAAGAGCAAAGAAAAGGAGCUGGUGAAGGAGGGCAAAACCCCCUACUUCCUUAAGAAAGGUGAUCGCAAGAAGCUGGAGUUGGCCGAGAGGUAUCGAGAUCUGCAGAAAACUGGCAAGUUGGAUCAGUAUCUGUCCAAGAAACACAAACGGAAUGCACAGAAGGACCGCCGAAAACUGCCAAACAGACACGACAGAUACACAUAGCUGUGUCAUUGUGUUCGUUUUGUAUACAUGUACAUAUUCUAAUAAACUGAUGAUUCGCUGUA